AUGGCCGUCAUGACCAAUCCGUGCCCUACUGUCAUCUCGUCGUCCGAACUGAAGAAGAUCCUCACUAUGAGCUACACCACGGUGCCGGACAAGUUUGCUCUGGUCGCCUCCAUCUCGGCUGGACAGACCUCGGUGGCCAUGCCCGGCCUCACCAACUACCUCCUCAAUUGGGCUGUGACUGGCUUGGCAAAGUCAUGCAAAGCGGCGCGGAAGAAAAAAGUGACUUCGCCUGAAAAACUAGGAAAGUCGCUCGUCCUUGACCCUUCGGCCUGGCAAGUCAUCACCAUCCUUGCCCGCAAGGCUCUUGCCGAUCCUUCAGCUGCUCCGGCUGCUCUCGACGAGCUCUGCCGCUCGGCGCUCUGGGUCAUGUCCUUUGUCCUGCAGCUUGCUGGGCCCUCGUGGGUCCCGCGCCUCCGCCCGCUUGCGGACCUCCUUGCCUCGCAGGCCAUGCCGCUUGAUCGCCGCUUUGAGGUUAUCUCGGGCCUCGCCACCGUCGUCGCCAACCAUCCUGCUGAUGCUCCGGCGGCUGACUGGCUCGCCUCUGCCAUCGAGCGGACUGCUUCGGUUGCUGCCGAGUACAACGUCCAGCGCAAGGUCUUCGUCGCCGUUGUCGAACUCCUGCCCAAGCUCGUCGACGUUGUCGUCGCCGCAACCUCGCGCCCGCACCUCAUCGCCGCCAUCCGCACUCUCCUCCGCAUAGCCCUCUUCCACCACGACCACCUGCCGGACUUCCAGCUCGCGUUCACCAAUCCGCCAUCCAUUCUCAGCACCGAGUCGUCCGGCUCCAAGCGCAAGGCCCGCUCCGCUGACACCGACGCCAACGGGAACGACGACGCCAAGCCGACUGCGCCCAAGCGCCGCCGCGGCGCCAGCGCCCGCGUCUAUGAGGGCGACGACAAGACCUCGUUCCAGCGCGAGCUCUUUGCCGUCCUCUCCAAGCUCCUCGCUGCCGAUGCCACCCGGUCCGCCGCCCUCGAGCUCUGCACCUGGUUUAUGUCCGACUACGCCCUUGCUCUCCUCCUCGAGUACUCGCACGGCUCGUCACGCGGACUCUCCACCUCGACUGCCCUCAGCCGUUUCUCGUCCAAGGUCAAGGUCUCGGCCGCCAUGGCCGAUCCCAUCGCCGCCGCGUCGGCCGCCGUCGCCUCGUCGGCCCGCGCCUCGGUCGCCGCCGCCGCCGCGUCGGCCGCCGCCGUCGCCGAUCCGGCCAACGCCGGCGUCCCCAUCGCCGCCCUCAUCGCCAUGGUCCAGCCCAAGCAGCGGGUCUCCAUCCGCAAGGCACACUUUUCGUUCCUCAGCGAGCUCCUGCACGCCAUUGCUGUCUCGACUCCGGCUGACCACCCCAAGCUCUGGCCCACCGUCGUCGCCAUCCUCGCCACUCUCGUCGACUACGACAUCUACUCGCGCGUCUCCAUCACCCGCACUACCCAGACCAAGUUCAUGGCGUCCGUCGUCGAGUACGCCGCAGCCGCCGUCACCCGCGCGCCGUCGUCGGACGAUGCCUCCGGCCCCUUUGCUGUUCUUGCCCUCCUCCUCGACGUCUCGUACUCGCUCGUCGAGCCGGCCAUCCCCACCGCGCUUCCCAUCGCAUGCGCCGACCUUGCCGUCCUCGACGCCUCUGCGCCGCAGAUCCGCUUCCUUCUCGGCGUUCUCGGCGUCUACGCCGGUCUCUCGCAGCUCCCGUCCUUUAUCGAGUACGUUGCUGCUGCGCUCGCCGCCGCUACGACGAGCUCGUCGUCGAGCUCGGCCCGUCAGGCGCCGCCGACCUACACCGGAUGGAAAACGGUGCUCGGCGAGUUCCAGUCGGCCACCACCAAGCUGGUCAUUGGCUCGCACCUCAUGUCGAUCUGGUCGGCGCUUGAGACCGCACUUGACGCCGCCGCCGACGCGCCGACGCCUGCCCCGUUCUGCACCCUCGCCUCGCUCGCCGCCGCCUUCAUCACCGGCAUCCGCAUGACUGGCCCGCGGGUGAACAAGGUCGCCGACCUUGCGCGCACCUUUGCCACCUCUGUUCUCCGCCCGCACCUGGUCGCCUCGGGCUGCUCGGCUACCGAGGCCCGUGCUGCUGCCGCCGCCUCGGUCUACGCCGCCAUCCGCGGCCUCCUCCGCCGUGCCCGCGACGCCACCCGCGCCGCCUUUGACGCCGUCUCUCUCGACAAUGACCUUGUCUGGCUCGCUCCGUGGAUGGAGGCAUCCGUUGCCGCUACCACACCGGGCAAGCUGCCGUUUGCCGCCGCCGCUGGCAGCAUCAACCCGUACGCCACCUACCUUCUCGCCCGCGUCGAGAUUGCUCACAUCAUGAGCCUCCACGACGCCUACACGCUGGCCGUCAACUCGGUCGGGACCAUCAUGACCCACACCACCAUCGCCGAGAACGACGCCAGUACCGACGCUGCCGCCGUAGACGUCGAGAAGGCUUCGGACGCCCUUGCCGCCGCUAUCAACCGCAUCGACCUGCCAAGCCUCAAGGCCGAGCUUACCGCGGCUGUCGCCCGAGUCGCCUCCGUCGUGCCGCGUCUCGACGCUGCUGCUGUGAGCAGCUACGGAGUCUGGCACGGCUGCGAGCUUGCGCUCCUGAGCGACGACGGAGCGAGCAAGGCGUCGACGUCGACGGUCCUCAUUGUCGGCAUCUGGCAGCUCAUCACCUCGCACAUCGACAUUCUCUCGGUCUACGCCUCAGACGCACUUUUGCUCCAGUGGGCCGAGAGUCUGCUGCACGGGGGAGCUGCAGACGCGGGUGCCGCGGCCGAUGGCGGCGUCACCGUCGCGUCCAUCUCGCGCGCGCUCCUCGCUCACGAGGGCCUGGCGGAGAUCCGGCCGCUGCGCGCGCCCAUGGCUGCUGCCUUUGUGGCGGCGGUCUCCUCAGCCGGUGGACACCCCGCGGCACGGGCUCUGGCCAAGGCCACGGCCAAGGUUGGAUCGUCCAAGUUUGUGGCCACCGUCAAGCGGGCGAUGGAUGCAACGGCGGAUGUCGCCAAGCUGCCGGCCGUGACCUCGGCCAUGCUUGCCAUUGCUGCUGCCUGGCCGGCCCGCUAUCUCUCAAGUAGUCUGGCCGGUGCGCCUGGUGCAGACGAGUGGCUUGCCAUUCUGGCUUCGCUCCUGCCUGCGGCGACGGAGGCGGGCGCCGCAGCGACGCUCACGGUCCUCAUCGAUCAACUGGCGUCGCCGUCGGCCGAGCUGACAGCUGUCCUGACGCCCGAGACCGUGGCCAGCCUCCCAGCGGCGACCUGGAUGCAUCUGCUCCCGGUCUUGGCGAAGGCAGCGGUGGCGGAGAUGGUGGCGACGGAAGGGUCACAGCCGGGCCGGCCCACACUCCACCCGUGGCUGGCGAGCCUUGUGGCAAGCGACGGCCCCGUGGCCGCUGCCGCGGCGGAGCCAGAGUUUGUGGCUGCCGCUGUGGCGAGCUUGUGCUCGGUGACGGCGGCGAUGUUCCCGUCGCGGGCGCGCAAGCUCUCCAAGCUCAAUCUGCCGUUUGCUGUCCUUGCGCCUCUCGUCAAGGCGUUGCUGGCGCUUCCUGCAUCGCCGCGGCCUGCGUCGUACGCUAGCGCGCUCACGGCGUUUAUGCAGAUGGAGGUGGCUGUGUCUUUCGAGCUGCACUUUGUGGAGCGGGCGCAGCUCGCGGCGGCGCUUGUCUCGGAGUUCCGCGGCGCGCUGACGUCUGCGGCCCGGCGAGCGGGAGAGAGUGGACGGAUGGUCAAGGAUGCUCAGCUCGAGCACGUGUGUGCGUUUGUGAGCUACGCGACGAGCCGCGGGCUCCGCGACGAUGGGCUUGCCGAGUUGCUGCUUGGCGCGCUUGGCGCGCAGCUCCCGCUGCCGGACGGGACGACAGCCAAGUCAACGCUUGCGGCGGUGGUCAUUGCGUACGUGGUCUCGCUCCUUGCGGCUGGCGAUCUGCGGCUGGCGGUGGUGGUGCCGACGGCGCUGGACGUGGCGACCGAGGUUGAGCUUGUGGUCCUCUCGUCGCUCUCGAGCCUUGUACAGGCGGCGCUUACGCCCGAGGGCGUGGGACUGCGGAUGAUGCUCGAGCAGACCAUUGUGCACGAGGCCGGCAUGGCGUCGGCGCUGGAGCUGGGCGUCGGCGCGCGAGCGCGGCGGCUGGGCGCGGCGAUUGUACUCGGCACCAUGGUGUACACCCCGGUGCUGCAAAACGCGCUCGUCGGCGCCUCGCGGUUCUGCAAGAUCGGCAAGGUGAACUACAAGGCGCUCGAAUUGCUCGCGGCGAUCCAGGCAUCGCUGAGCGAGCUGGCGAUUCGGACUGAGGGCGCGAGCGAGGGCGAGCUCGAGUCGGUGGCCAUGGCGGCGUGCGGCGGGCUGCGGCUUGCGACGGCACUCGCCAGCGACGCCGGGACGCCGAUUGCGCCGAGUUCCGGGUCGCUGCUGCUGGGCGUGUCGUCGGCGGCGCUGAAGCUGCUGCCGGCGGCGGUGCUCGACGGGGCGAACGGGAUGAAGCUGGCGUCGCAGGCGCCACUCACGCGCGGACAAGUCGAUGUCCUGGGCGCGGUCAUGGCGCUGGUCUCGAGCAUGCUGCGGUCGCGUGAGAAGGCAACGGUCUCGCUCAUGGGCGGCGUGGUGGGCGUGGUGCGGACGGUGGUCCGCGGCGUGUUUACGGCGGCGCAUGCCAACGGCGACAGGGCCACGGUCAUGCUCGGCGUGGUGCACCAGUUUGCGCGGAUGUGCAGCGACCUCGGGCGGCUCAACGAGGCCAUCAAGCCGUUCCUGGCUCUCAUUGUGCCGCUCUACGUCGACCUUGUGGCCAUGGCGCCGCUCCCGCCGUUCGCGGUGGCCGACGUCGAGUACGGCAUCUUUGAGCUGUUCAACUGCGCCGGCGAGGACGAGCGGACCGCCAUGUUUGCGGCGCUCGGCGGCAAGAUGACCCGCGGCGCGCGCGGCAAGACCGGCGACGACCUUGCAUCGUCGACCAAGGACACGUUCCGGGCACUGCUCAAGAAGUUCCGGGUGUGGUACAAGCAGACCGGCCAGUGACGAGCCUGUCGGCAGAGGCGCGAUAAACAGCGCAAAGCAGCGGA